AUGGAGGCGCUCCCUGCCUGCCUGUGCUUGGUGCUGCUGCUGCUCGGGGCUUCGGCCCCGGCAAUGAGCAGCGCCUCCUCGGAAGUACUGCCGCUGGUCAACGAGGACGUGAAGCGCACGAUUGAAGUUUCUCAUUGGGGUAACAUUGCUGUAGAAGAAAAUGUGGACUUGAAGCACACAGGUGCUGUGCUUAAAGGGCCCUUUUCACGCUAUGAUUACCAGAGACAGCCAGAUAGUGGGAUAUCCUCCAUCCGUUCGUUUAAGACCAUUCUCCCUGCUGCUGCCCAGGAUGUUUAUUACCGAGAUGAGAUUGGCAAUGUUUCCACUAGCCACCUCCUCAUUUUGGAUGACUCAGUAGAGAUGGAAAUCCGACCUCGCUUCCCUCUCUUUGGUGGCUGGAAAACUCAUUACAUCGUUGGCUACAACCUUUCAAGCUAUGAGUACCUGUAUAAUUUAGGUGACCAGUAUGCACUGAAGAUGAGGUUUGUGGAUCACGUGUUUGAUGAGCAAGUGAUAGAUUCCCUAACAGUGAAGAUCAUCUUGCCUGAAGGGGCCAAGAACAUCCAGAUUGAUAGUCCCUAUGAAAUCAGCCGGACCCUGGAUGAGCUGCAUUAUACCUACCUAGACACAUCUGGUCGUCCUGUGAUUGUUGCGUACAAGAAAAAUUUGGUAGAACAGUACAUUCAGGACAUUGUGGUUCACUACACAUUCAACAAGGUCCUCAUGCUGCAGGAGCCACUGUUGGUGGUGGCUACUUUCUACAUCUUGUUCUUCACCGUCAUCAUCUAUGUCAGGCUGGAUUUUUCCAUCACAAAGGAUCCUGCUGCUGAAGCCAGGAUGAAAGUGGCCUGUAUCACAGAGCAGGUCCUGACCUUGGUCAACAAGAGAUUAGGUCUCUACCGCCACUUUGAUGAGACUGUUAAUAGGUACAAGCAAUCUCGGGAUAUCUCCACUCUCAACAGCGGCAAGAAGAGCCUGGAGACAGAACACAAAGCCUUGACCAGUGAAAUCACAUUGCUGCAGUCCAGGCUGAAGACAGAGGGCUCUGACCUCUUUGACAAAGUGAGUGAAAUGCAGAAGCUGGAUGCCCAGGUCAAGGAACUGGUGCUGAAGUCAGCGGUAGAAGCUGAGCAGCUGGUGGCAGGCAAACUCAAGAAAGAUACGUACAUUGAGAAUGAGAAGCUCAUCUCAGGAAAACGGCAGGAGCUGGUCACUAAGAUCAACCACAUCCUCGAUGCUCUGUAG